AUGACCUUCGCGAUUCAGCUUGCAGACGGCACAAGUUGUUGCAAGGGACAUCCGGAGCAUCAUCAACACAGUGCACGACAUGAGAACCUGACGCGUUCGUAUACGAUUCAAACCAUGCGGCCGACCCGUAUUCCGGGUGAGGACACGCAGACGAACGAGGCGGAAGGGUUGAAGAAGAGUUUGGUUGUCCAGCGGUGGGAUGAUUGA